AACGACAACAGUCGCGGCACAGAGGCGGGUUUCACUCGACCGCAACAUUUUAAUGCUUUAUUAUUCUAUCCCGACCUCUUAAUAUUGCCCAACCAUGGGUCAAUCCCUCGGAACUUUAUUCCCAUUACGGCUACGGCUUUGGUUCGGCAACCUGCUCUUUCGUCCCCUCGGCCCGUCGACGACAAGAGUGAGCUGGCACCGCAUCGUCAAGGGACCAUGCUACCCGCCAGAGGUGGAGGCUAUGCAAUACGUUGCCUCGCAUACAAAGAUUCCAGUACCCAAGGUAUAUGCUGUGCAUACCGAGGAUAAUGGCUCUAUCUACAUCGAGAUGGCGUAUGUCCAGGGCCGCACCUUGGAGGGUGUCUGGAAAGGUCUGUCGACAGACCAGAAGGAUAUCAUUUUUGCCGACAUCCAACAGCAUAUAUCUUCUCUCCGAGAGCUUCAACCCCCAGAGCAAGACACAGUGUGCUCGGCCCUUCAAAAUCCCGCCUAUGACUGCCGCAUCGGCGCUCGCUUCUUUGGCCCUAUGAACCAUGGCGAGUUCCACUCGUUAGCACGAGGGCACUUGCACAAGGACGAUGUCGCACCUUUUCUCGGCCAGGAAGUUGACAAAACGCACACGUCUUCCUACCGGACUUGCUUUGCCCAUGCGGACCUUGCCCCGAGAAACAUCAUCAUCCGGGACGGGCGCGUCGCCGCCAUCAUUGACUGGGGGUUUUCGGGGUGGUAUCCGGAAUACUGGGAGUUCACCAAGGCGCACUAUAACUACGUCUCGAAAGAAUGGGAAGAGUAUCUUCGUCUUGCUCUCCCCAACUACGAGUUGGAGCUCACGGCAGAGCGAACCCUCUGGAGGAUGCUGCCAGAGCCGGGCACGCGGUCUACCAUGCACCGCGGUGGAGUCACCGUCAAACACAAGGGCUCAGACCCUGCGGAGGCCUGGUUAGAGGCAAGAGCAGGCCGCCAGCUAACGGACUUGUGGUCUGUCGUCCUGUCUCAAAAGUCGAGAUGGGAGUAGGUGGAUAUGAUUGAAGAAUUCUUGCUUGCCCUGCCAUAGUCUGCUCGGUUUUGACACCAUCCAUUCUGUGCCUGAGAAUAGUGUAAUGGAAGGACUAACGUCGUCGUCCGGUCAACGACGAUAGGGGGACGUCUCUGUAACCUUCACCGGGUCCUCGCGCGUCCCGGCUGGCCCGGCGUUGGUGCCUGAUUGUUGACCGCGAUACCUAGAUUCGCAUCGCACGACAGAUUCCGCGCCUCUUGGGGUCCGGCGGUUGCUCAGCCGGUUGGCUGUAAAUUACGACUCAGGCGGCCGAGGCGGCAUUGUGUUGGGGCCGAGUGCUACCCCGCCCCCAACGCAUCUUGCAUACGAAUAUAUCGCCUUCCAACAUAAAGAGCUUGUUAUCGCCGGAC